AUGCACACCCCCCGUACGGUCUACCUCGACCCCAUCACCACAACAGGCUACCAAGGCUGGCUCGCAUCCGUAAUCAUCGACGGUCUCCCCGACACUGAGAACAGUUCCGAUGCGCUCAAAAACGGUCCCUACUGCCAAUGCGUCUACGAAUCCUCCGGCGACGUCUGCGACAACCAAGUCGUCAACAUCCAAUACGACUCCGGCGCCACCGUCUCCUUCACCAUGGUAGCAUUCACCUUCCUCAUCUGCGAGCGUCCUCGGGUGACUUCCUCCAGCAGUUCUUCUAGGCUCGGCCGUCCUGAUGGUGCACUGCACUAG